CGUAACCUCUCAUGGGCUGCAUAAAGUUGUUGAUGUUUUUCAUUCCUGAGGGCAGUCAUUCACCGGCGAUUUUAUAACUCCUCACAAACAAGCAAUCCAUGCGGAUGGUGGCAAAUUUUCCACAUACUGGCCCAAUUAUUCCCCAGCCUUCAAAACUCGCGGUUCGCCAGCAGAUUGGAAAUACAAUACUUUUCCAAUGGGAGAAGCUUUGGAUCAAACUAUUAAGACAACAAAGUCUUUACAAUGCACCAACCUAUAUGAAUAUUUGAAGACCCUCCCCAAAGCGACUUUGGACAAGCUGUACACACAUUCUAUUAUAUGUUUAGCAGUUUAUAGGGAUUUACCAGAUGUUGCUAAACACUAUGUUAUACGGCUUCUGUUUGUUGAGCAACCUGUACCUCAGGCAGUUAUUGCAUCUUGGCUUAUGCAGAAUUAUUCCAAAGAACAUAAUAAUGUAGCAAAUGUAUUAUCAGAUCUUCAUGUCUGGCAAGAAGUCUCCAUUCCUGGAGGUCUACCUGCUUGGUUCUUGAAUCCCGUCUUCAAGAAAAAUUUCAAAUGUGCUCUUGUUGGAGGAGGUCACAAUACUGUAACAAAGGCUAAUCUAGAGACUGAUUCAAAAGCGAGAGAUGUUGAUUAUUUAGACAAAUAUGCGAUGGAAAGGUGGGAAUGUGUUUUGCACUACAUGGUAGGCUCUCAGCAGCAGGAAGGCAUCUCUGCAGAUGCUGUAAGGAUACUUCUACAUGCUGGGUUAAUGAGAAGAGAUGAAGAGGAUGGAAGCCCAGUUAUUACGAAAGAGGGUUUUCAGUUUCUUUUGUUAGAUACUCCAGCCCAAGUGUGGUAUUUCAUGCUACAGUAUCUAGGCACUGUUGAAUCUCGUGGUUUGGACCUUGUACAAUGUUUGGCAUUUUUGUUCCAAUUGAGUUUCAGCAUUUUAGGAAAGGAUUAUAGUACUGAUGGUAUGAAUGAAGGUUUACUGACGUUUCUUCAACAUUUAAGGGAAUUUGGACUGGUGUAUCAGAGAAAGAGAAAGGGCGGUAAAUAUUACCCAACGAGGUUGGCGUUAAAUAUAACGUGUAAAAAUUCCACGUCUGAGAUCUCAACUAAAGAGGGUUAUAUUAUUGUAGAGUCAAAUUACAGAGUGUACGCUUAUACCAACUCAAAUUUGAAAGUCGCUCUUAUCGGGCUUUUUACAGAAAUGUUGUAUAGAUUUCCGAAUAUGUGUGUCGGUACGCUGACACGGGAUUCUAUCUGCAUGGCAUUAAGGAGUGGAAUAACCGCCGAACAGAUUAUUGGCUUUCUUAAACUACACGCACACCCCAGGAUGUUGGCGAAUACCGGUCACAUCCUUCCACCGACCAUCACUGAUCAGAUCAACCUGUGGGAAAAGGAAAGGGACAGGUUUCAGUUCACAGAGGGCAUCUUGUACAGCCAAUUUCUCUCUCAUAACGAUUUCUCAAUUUUGAGGGAUUUCGCGCUCGAACACAAUUUGAUCAUUUGGCAAGACGAUAAAAAACGGACCAUGGUCGUGAGUAAACAUGGACAUGACGAGGUUAAAAAAUUCUGGAAAAAACAUUCUAAAGGAUCUUCCCAUUCAAUGAAUUAGAAAACCAAUCAGUCAAUUUAUUUAAACAUAAUUAUAUAUAAUGUACAAAGAAAUAAUUUUUAUAUGUAUAUUUAAAUAAUGUAAAUAC